CCAUUGGGUUUUCAAGACAAGUGUUUGACGAAAUGACUUAUAGAGAUGUAGUUUCUUGGAGUUCUAUAAUAGCGGGAUAUGUUGCUUGCAACUUGCCUUUGAAUGCUUUGAGGAUGUUCCAAAACAUAAAGCUGGAGAAUGUGCAACCUAAUUCUGUCACUUUGGAACUGCUCUCCUCGAGAUGUAUGCCAAGUGUGGGAAUAUAGAAAAAGCAUUGCAAGUUUUCAGCUCCAUGAGUGAGAAGAACUUGCAGACAUGGACAAUCAUGAUAUCUGGCCUUGCUGAUCAUGGCCGUGGGGAAGAUGCUAUUGCCUUGUUUAGCCAAAUGGAAAAAGAUGACAUGAAGCCUGACAGUAUGUCAUUUUCAUGCAUUUUAUGUGCUUGCAGCCACUUGGGUUUGGUUGAUGAAGGCCUACAGUAUUUCGAUAAGAUGGUGAAAAUAUAUAAUAUCAUCCCAACAGUGGAGCACUAUGGUUGUAUGGUGGAUCUGUUUGGACGGGCUGGGAGGGUUGAGGAAGCUUAUGAGAUUAUUAAGAAAAUGCCAAUAGGCCCCAACUCAGUUAUACUAAGGAGUUUCAUAGUUUCCUGCAGAAAUCAUGGCUGGGCUCCUCCUGUAGAUGAGGACUUUAGCAAGAUUCUGCUUAAAGUUGAGCCUGAACUUGGAGCUAACUAUGUACUUGCUGCCAACGUGUCUGCUGUGACUGGUCAUUGGGAUGAUAUGGCACGUUUGAGAAUAAGUAUGAAAAAGAAGGCUUUGAAGAAGGUUCCGGGAUGCAGUUGGGUGGAACUGAAUGAUAGCAUUGCAUAAGAAUAUACAGACUACAGAGGGAGCUGAACAUAUUAUUACUUAUCAUUGUAGGCAACUAAAAGAGCAUUUUUUAUUUUCUCAUUCUUGUGAGAAAUGAGGAUGGGAAGUGGAGAGUGUUAAAAUCAUAAGGGAGAGAUUCCGGUAAUGUCAUAUUAAGAUAUAUCAGCAUAGAAGAAUGACAAGACAAUACUUCAUGAAAUCUUCAUAUUCAUGUUACUUCAUGAAAGGAACAAGACAAUGCUUCUUAGAGUAAAUCUCGACAGAAACAAUGCCUGGAAGCAAGUUUGAAGAUGUUUCAAAGUUUCUUUCCUUAUUUGUAACCAUUUAUGUUCAAAGAUUUAAUUUCUGCCCCCAUGACAUACUUGGAACUCAGAUAGUUAAGUACGUAUUGUAAUCAUGAAAUCUGAGGUUAAAGGUUAUCAUUUUUAUCUAUUCAAAUCAUCUGCUCCUGUAUUACAACAAAAGGUUAUAGUUUGAUGUAUACUGGACCAUAUGCCAUUUAUUCUGGCUUUGUUACCAAGCCAAGAUGUUAGUACAUUAAAUGGUUUCAAGAUGGGAAAAUGAAGUGUG